CUAUUAAACCAACUUGGGAAAUAUUGAACGAAAAAGAGGGAAAGGUAUAAUUUUGCAAUCUAAACGAGCUAGUCCAACUUGCAUUUCCAGUGUGGUACUAGACACUGAUUUCACUGUAACGAAGACAAACACACCUAAUCUCACCUUCUUUUUGCACCAACUCGACUUUGUAAUUUGUAAACCAAUUAUUUCUUUUACCCACAAGACUUUGUAGAACUGGAGGUCUCCGGUUGGAAGUUUACUACUCUGUUGGGAAUUUCGGAACCUAUUACUUUCUAUAGUUGCUUCCAUUUUUGUACAUGAAUCCGCUGGGAUUUCCACAUUGACUCUUUUUUAGAUUCUGCAUGCUAACCUAAUUUUGCUCCUGAUUUCUAACGCUUGAGAUGAUGAGAGACAUCCUUCGAGCGUGAAGAACUGAACCUCACAAUUGAGUACACUGAAGACAAUAUAUAUGCUUUCCAGAGGGCCUUUUUUGUCUUUUAAGUUAGUUAUGUUUUUACUUGUAUACUCUGUGUUUACAAAACUUCUGCACAUAUUGGUGUGUUAGAAGAAUAUACUUUGCUUCAAAUUGUCUGUCUUGAAUACAAACCAAAAGGUAACCUUGUCAAGUAUUCACUUUAGGAGUUCAGGUAAGGUUUCUUUUCUGAGAUUAUCAAUCUUUCUUACCGAACCAUUUAAUUUCUAGCAAGUAAUUUGUUCCCUGUUUCACUUUCCAAAAGUAAUAUUUCAGCUAAAAUUUCCAAGCAAGGAAUUGUUCUCUCUUUCUUUUUCUGUCCUGUGAAACAUUUUUGUUUCUACAUAUAUACGAGUGGGAGGCCCAAUAUGUAGAGCAGCUUGUGUCUUAUUAGUUUCAAGUCAUCACAGGCUAGUAGGCUACACUACAGGUAAGAGAAGUGUGUGAUGGAUCCAAUUCCAGCAUGGGUGAGGAGACUCUUGGAUGUUUGGGAUCUACGGAUAUUAGUUCUCCUCAGUCUCGCUUUACAGAUCAUCCUUUCACUAUUUGGCAAUCGCAGAAAGUACAUAUCGUCACCAUGGAUUAGUAUCCUUGUUUGGUCGGCAUAUUUAAUGGCCGACUGGGCAGCAACUGUUGCCCUUGGCAAGCUCUCAGAUGCCCAAGGCGAUAAUGGCGACGUAUUGAAGGCCAUAUGGGCACCUUUGCUUUUGCUACAUCUUGGCGGGCCCGACACCAUUACGGCAUACUCUUUAGAAGAUAAUCAUCUCUGGAUGAGACACCUUUUCGGACUAGGGGUUCAAUUUUCUGUUGCAGUCUACGUUAUUCUUAUGUCCUGGAAGCAUUCAUGGUUUUCAAUUAUGUCAAUCCUGGGGUUAGUGGCGGGGUUGAUCAAGUAUGGAGAGAGAUCUUGGGUUCUCUUGUCGGUGAGCCGUGAUAAAUCCGGGGAAAUUGUGCCGUUUACCAGAGCGUCAAAUCUUGGCAAUAAUAAUGACCCAUGGGAGAAUAAAAGUUCUAUAACUGUUCUAUGUGUUGCCCAUAGAUAUGUCAGGGUAUUUAAGAAAUUUAUGGAGUUUUAUGAUGUCGACUCAAGUUGUGACAGUUUCUCUCAGGAAAAACCUCUAGAGUUUGGUGACAUGAAUUUUUUCUGGAAAGUCAUAGAGGUUGAAAUGGGGCUCAUGUUCGAUUUAUUAUACACAAAGACACCCAUAAACUUUAGGAAGGUUGGAUGGAUUCUGCGCUGCAUCACUUUCUCUUGUACAGUGACUGUGUUGAUAGGAUUAAUCUCCCGACCCAUUUCGAUUGGGGAUGAUGGAGAUAAAUGGCACAAGGUCGAUGUCGCCAUCACAGAGGUUCUGGUUGUUGGAGCUCUGACUUUGGAGAUUUACGCAAUCAUUGCGCUGUAUUUAUUCUCUGAUUGGGCAAUGCUUUGUCUAAUUAAGCACAAUAUCGGCAAACAGAUAUUCCAGCUGAGGGAAAGAAUUUCGUGGCUUUUCCUCCCGAAACAAUACGGGUAUAAAACGAUAGGGCAAGUCAAUCUAAUUGAAGAUUGGCUCAAAAACCAUACUUCAGUCAUCGAGCCAGAUCGAGGUGUUGAAUCGGAUCAAAAGGUGGGUAGAAGAAUGCUUCGAUCGUUGAUGGGGUUCAGAAGGUGGUUAGAAGAAUACUUCAAGGACAUGCUCAAGAAGUAUGUACAGAAGAAUACUUCGACCAUUGUCCCUUCUCUUGUGUUUGAGCCGAUUUUACAUUGUUGUCAAUGUUUGACUAUGCCUGAUCUACACCGUAGGAGAGCCAUUGAAGAGGACCAGGUUUGGAAAGAAUUCUUCGGCACGUCCUUGGAAGAGCAGAUUAUUUGCUUGCACAUGGCAACAGAAAUCUUCUACAACUUGGAAGCGGAAUGGGACACUCGUGAUGCAGCUGAUCAAAACAGCAGGGAUAGUAUUUUGUCACAACACCACACAAUGCCCCCCUCUAAUUCGUCCUCGUCGUGGGAAGAAAAUAGGGAACUAUGUAGAACUCUAUCAAACUACAUGAUGUAUCUACUUCUUAUGCGCCCUUCGUUUUUGCCUACGUCUGCAACCUACGAUGUGAUGAGAAACAUUAACACCCCCCCAGACAUGGAUGGUGCACGAGAUGCAAGGGCAGCUUGCCUUUAUUUGUGGGAAACAGAUGAGUUCGAAACGGAUAAAAUUGUUGAACAGGUAAAGAGUAAGCAGAAGGAUGUGAGAUGGGAAAUGUUGAAGUUGGUGUGGGUGAGGAUGUUAUGCUACGCAGCAAGUAAGGGUCAGAGAAAUGAGCAUCUUCGACAGUUAACCCAAGGAGGCGAGUUUCUCACUUUCCUUUGGUUCUUUAUACCACAAUCUCAAAUGUUCUCAGUUAGGCGGCCCCGUCCACAUCCACCUCCACAGGCCCGGUCCUGAGAUUUUCGGGGCCCUUGGCUAGUUUUAAUAAUGGAGCCUCUAAAUAUUUUGUAUAUGUAUUAGUUGUUUGAAAUGAGGACCAAGAUUACCUUGUGUUGAAGUGGUAAAUCUGGUCAUGACAUCGAGUCUCACCUACAACCGUUGGCUAACAUAUUUUGUACAAGUUAUAAAAAUAUUGUUGGCUUUUAACAAGUCUGAUCAUGACUUGAACACAUGACGUAGAGGUUAGUGCGCGAGCGUCUCAACAGUUCACAGAAAAACCAGGUGAUCCUUGACAUGUGUUCAGUGUUGGAAGUAUACUUGAAUUUCAUUUGAGUGCUGUAAAGUUCUCGCUGUGAUUGAGUUACCUUGAAGUUAUGCUUUGUUUGAGGUACUGCAGCACAGUAGGAGCAUUCUUUGUUAAGAAGAAGAAACAAGAAAAGAAAAAGAACAUGAAGAUAAGAAUAUCGCUUCUGUUCUGUGGCUUAAAGUUUCCAACAUAAAUUACCAAAAAGAUGCUAUUAAACCAACUUGGGAAAUAUAGAAUGAACAAGAGGGAAAGGUAUAAUUUGCAAUCUACAAGAGCUAGUACAACUUGCAUUUCCAGUGUGGUACAAGACACUGAUUUCACUAUAACUAAGACUACACACCUAAUCUCACCUUCAUUUUGCACCAACUCGACUUUGUAAUCUGUAAAGCAAUUAUUUCUUCCAUUUUUGUACAUGAAUCAGCUGGGAUUUCCACAUUGACUCUUUUUCAGAUUCUGUGAACCUAAUUUUGCUCCUGAUUUUUAACUCUUGAGAUGAUGAGAGACAUCCUCUGAGCGUGAAGCCCUGAACAUCACAACUUGAGUAUACUGAAGACAAUAUAUGCUGUGUGGAGAGCCUUUUUUGUCUUUUAAGUUAGUUAUGAUUUUACUUGUAUACUCCGUGUUUACAAAGCUUCUGCACAUAUUGGCGUGUUUCUACAGGAGUACUAACCAAAAGGUAACCAUGUCAAGUAUUCGCUUUGGGAGUUCCGCUGGUAAGGUUUCUUUUCUGGGCAUCAAUCUUUAUCACCGAACCAAGUUCCAAGCAAGAAAUUUGUUCCCUCCAAAGUAAGUUGAUCCCUAUUUCACUUUCCGAGUAAUAUUCCAGCUAAAAUCUCCAAGCAAGGAAUUGUUUUCUCGAUCUUUCCUUUCCUGUCCUGUGAAGCAUUUUGUUCCUAUAUAUACGAGUGGGAGGCGCAAUAUGUAGAGCACCUUUUGUCUUAUUGUUUUCAAGUCAUCACAGUUUCAACUUUCAACUCAUCACAGACUAGUAGGCUACACUACAGGUAAGGUUUUCACAUUAUUGCAAGAUAAUUAUUUUGCCUUAAGGUUGUUUAAGUUUAUUGCCAUUUUAGUUUACACUUCCCAGUUUUUAUAUUUCCAGUUUAAGUGUUAGUUCAGUUUCUGCUUGUUUUAAGUUUUGUGGAGAGUGUUAGGAUCGAAGCACACACUCACACGAUUCACGAGUAUAUCAGUAAAGAAAACGACACAGCAAUAUACAUGGUUUCUCAAAACCGGGUAUAUCCACGGGAGCGAGAGAGCAAUCUUUUUUUAAUGAUCAUAGUACAUAGGGUUUUACAAUAGAGCAUGUUUAUACCUACUCUAUUCUUGCCCUAAUAACACUGUACCAUACUGUGGAGUGCUACGCCCCCCGCACCCCCCAAAUUACGGAACGGCCUAGUCUAGUUUGGAUCCGUGAUGGGCCAAUUGCUUCGCUCCGUUCCGUUGUGCUCUGUUCCACUACACUCGCAACUAGCCCUUAUUGAUAAAAUUUCUCGGUACGUCUCACACAUGAGCCACAAGUUCCAAUAGAGAGUGAUAGCGUAAAAGAUAGGAUAGAUAAAACUUGAACCUUAGUCCUAGCGUGAAAGGUCAUAUCUUUGAGAAAAAAAGUACCUUGACAAAAGCCUUGCGAUGGAAACUAUCGGACAACCACAAAUAAUCAGCCUUGGGGGUUGAAAAAAUAACAGGAUGAUUAAAUAAUUUAGGAUGACCACAUGUGGAUAUAAAUAUUUUGGACGAACAAUAAAUUUGCACCCUGGCGCUUUCAUAGCAAUGUUUGUUUGGACCCCUUCACUUUAAUUGGUACAUUGUUAUCCCAAGUAUGCAAAGUUUUUACCCUUUCUAAUGAACUUUUAAGUACCACAUUGAGUAGUACUAAUUAUUAUUAUUAUUAUUUUUAUAUUUUUUUUGGUAAACACAUUGAGUACUAUUUGAUACAUCACCAUAAGACCAAUCACAUGCCUUAAGUGUAUGGGUUAAUUACAAGUUGGCUCGGAUUAAAUUUGAGCCAUUCGUGCCAAAAUGGAUGGUAUCGGCUGAACUACAACCCAGUAGUGCGGUUGUGCACUCCAGGACUUUCAAAUCCAAGUUACAAGAGGACAUGGGCUGCUUCAUCAGAUGAUAGGUAUAAAUCAUGUUAGGAAUUAGGAUAAGUACUGCACUUGUACUGCCUCACUGGCUUGCUUUCCGGUCUUGGUUUCCCCCGAUCUAGCGGUGGUGGUGGUGGGCUAAUAAUUUUAGGGUUUAGUUUAUGUCCGUUAGGGUCUGUUUAUGUGCUUUUGUAACCUGAAUUUUGCUCUCGGUCUCGUCGUGGUCUCGUGGGUUCGGCUUGGUUGGCAUGUGUCCUCGUGACUGAGCUCGCCGUGACAGCAAGGGCUUGCCCCGGAGUGGUGUCCUUUGCUCCUGGCUGCGAGGGGUCAUAGAUUUAAUCGGUGAUUCGUCGCGCUAUGAGCCGGCCGGCGACGUGUUUAGAGGGCAGUUCCGUGGAGGUUACUGGAGAUUGCAUCAGUGUUUCGUACCUAUGGUUUGAGUUGGAUUUCCUAUGGAUACUCUACUACCAAGUUGAAGAUGGACCCUAUGCCGACACCUAGUGUUGGUCUGCUUUGGUGGUACGCAUAGUAGAGCCUGUAGCCUGUAGCGCUUUCAGCAGUUACUCGUGUCUUAGAUGUUGGUAGUUGGUUCAUUCCUAUUAAUAUUGUGAUGUAAUCUUUGCCUUCGGACUUUGAAUGAAAUAUGCAAUUGCCAGUUGAUAAAAGAAAAAGAAGAAGAAGUACUGCACUUGUAUGUUCCAUUUGAUGGCACUUUAUAUGCACCAACUUUAUGUGCUAUCAUGUGGGGUCUAUUGCGUGACAUGUUUAAUUCCAUUUAAGGCCCUAGCUCAAACUGUAAGCAAAUAUAAUUCAUAGAUAUGGUCACCAUUUCGUUAACCAUGUCCAAUUAGUAUUCAAAUGUGAUCACCUUAACAUAUCCCUUUGGGGUUUGAUUCCUCCAAAAGUUAGCAAUGUGUGCUCAAGAAUGUCAAAAUUAGCAGUCUCUUAACCACUAACUAAAUUUUGGUCAUUGAAUAACCAAAACUAGUAACCUUUCACAAUAACCAAAUUUAAUUCAAUCAAAUAUUACACCAUCAUCACACGAAAACACAGUCUCUCUCUCUCUCUCUCCAAGAACUUUUUUUUUUCAAAAUUUUAUACACGAACACUGUUUUCAAAAAAUUAUUUUAAAAUACAAUUUCAAAAACUUGUAAUUUUUUUUUCAAAAUCUGUAUCGCUUCAUAAAAGAAAACUGUUUUUUAGUUGUAAUAAUUUUUUUUAUUAGUUCAAAAACUAUUUUAAAAAGUUAUUUUCUAUGUUCUCAAUUUUUAAUUUCUUUUAGUUCAAAAAAGUGAUAUCAUAAGUUUUGGUUAUCCAAUUUUUAUUAUGCCAGCGUUAACAUAUAUAUUAUUAACUUUAGCAAGCCCUUAAAUGGAUAAUCAAAAUGUGAUGUGAUAACUUUUGGUUAGGACCUUGGAUGCUCUUAGGUGUUAUUCACUCCUUUGGGGCCAGUCCUUAUAGCCCUUAUUCUAGCUUAAGUUGAGACCUCCGCAAAUGGGAGGUGGAAUUGGUUCUUCAGGGAUCAGUCUAGGUGCGAGCAAGCUAGCACUGAUACCUGAGUUUUAAAAAAAAACUCUAAAGUUAGUUUAGGAGCAAGAAUUGUUUUUGUCCAUUCUUAAAGAUCUUAGGUUUUACAAAACUGUACGUAAUAUUGCAUAUGGUUAAGUAAGUUGAACCUAGGAUUAAAAAAAAAAAAAGUAAGUUGAACCUUAAACUUGUUUGUAUAUCUUUCCCUUCUUUUCUUUUUUUUUUUCAUAUGUAACCUUUUAAACUUAUAUGUUGAAGAGAAGUGUGUGAUGGCUCCAAUUCUUGCAUGGGUGAGGACACUUUGGAAUGCGUGGGAUAUACAGCUACUAGUUCUCCUAAGUCUUGUUUUGCAGAUCAUCCUUACCCUCUUUGGCAAUCGCAGAAAGUACAUAUCGUCACCAUGGAUUCAUAUCCUUAUUUGGUCAGCCUAUUUAACGGCUGACUGGGUAGCAACUAUUGCCUUAGGCAAACUCUUAGAUCCCCAAGUCAAUUAUGACAAUGGCGGCAACGCGUUGAGGGCCAUUUGGGCACCUUUGUUGUUGCUACAUAUAUCUUGGCGGUCUUGACACAAUUACGGCUUUCUCAUUGGAAGAUAAUCAUCUGAGACACCUUUUCGGACUAGUGGUUCAAUUUUUUGUAGUAGUUUAUGUUAUUUUCAAGUCGUGGAAACAUUCUUGGUUUUCAUUCAUGUCAAUCCCAGCAUUAGUGGCUGGAUUUAUCAAGUACGGGGAGAGAACAUGGGUUCUCUUGUUAGUGAGCCGUGAUAAAUCCGGAGAAAUUAUGCCGUUUGGCAAUGUAGGCGGAGGAUCAAAUCUCGGCAAUAAUAGCACGUUGGAGGAUAAAAAUUCAAUACACGUUUUAUGUUUUGCCCAUACUUGUGUCAAGGCAUUUAAGAGAUAUACACAGUUUUAUGACAUGGGGAAUAACGAGUUCGUUGUGGGCUUGGAACUUCGUGACCUUGAUGACAUUAGCCUGUUGUGGAAUGCCAUAGAAGUUGAAAUGGGGCUCAGCUCAUGUUCGAUUUAUUAUACACAAAGGUAUCCAUGAACUUUAGGAAGGGAGGAUGAUGUAUUCUGCGUUGCUUCACUUUCUCGUGUACGGUGGCUGUGUUGAUAGGAUUAAGCCUCCGACUUGGAGAAGAUGGAGAGAAAUGGGAUAAGGAAACAUUCUUCAACGAGCCUUGGGAUCAGCAAAUUCAUUGCUUGCACCUGGCAACAGAAAUCUGCUACAAUUUGAAAAUGGAAUGGGAUAGUACUGUAUCACAACACACAAUAGUACAGCUCCCCUCUAGUUCGUCGCCGUCAUCGUGGGAAGAAAACAGAAAACUAUGCAGAAUUCUGUCUCGUUACAUCAUGUAUCUAGUUCUUAUGCACACUUCGUUGUUGCCUACUUUCGCGUCAGAAGAUUAUAUUCGCAACCAAAUCCAAGGUUGGAAAUCAUUCUCCGAAGCCAAAGGUGCGCGAGAUGUAAGGGGGACAGCUUGCCAAUAUUUGUGGGAAACAGAUGCCUUAAAAGUGCGUAAAAUUGUCGACCACGUAAAGAGUAAAUUACACAAGGACGAGAGAUGGGAAAUGUUGAAGUUGGUGUGGGUGAGGGUGCUAUGCCACACAGCGAGUAAGGGUCAGAGAAACGAGCAUCUUCGACAGUUGAGCCAAGGAGGCGAGUUUCUCACUUUCCUUUGGUUCUUGAUACCACAAGCUCUUUUGGUGAAAUACGUGCGAGGACGUCCUUGAACCAUGAUAAUCGGUUCCACACUCAUUAAUACCGUUCAAGUUACCUUUCAUGCCAAUCUUUUUAUUUAUAUUGUUUAAUUUCUUCCAUGUAUACUGUAAACUUGUGAAAUAAACGUUCUGAUUUGAUAAGAAAGCUGUGACCGUGAGAGUUCCCUUGUGAUAAUUAAGCAUUGUUGUCAGAACCAAAUUUUAUUUUCUAAUUUGAUAUUUUCAAUUUAAAUU